CGACACUAGGCGUGACGUCACACCUUGAAGAUGGAUAAAAAGAAUAGUUGUGGAAUCACCUUGAGUAGACAAUACACUGUAUAUGAAUGUUUGCUUAGAAAGUUGUGAGUCAAGAUUCCAAAUUUUUUGCAAAUAUGAAGAUGAAUUUAAACUUCGAAGAAUUGAAUAAAGAUCAAGAAAUCGUAGAUCAAUUAGAACGAGUAGAUAGUUCUGUGAAUGACAUUGCGAAUAUUUUAAAAUUAAUAAAUGAUCCACAAAUUUAUAACGAACUUUCUAAAAAUGAUAAAAUUAAAUAUAAUUUAUUAAUGUCCUUCAGUCUUAACAGUCUUGUUUGGAUGCAUUUACGACUAGAAGGUGUUGAUCCAAAAAGACAACGAAUAAUGGCAGAAAAUGAUCGUUUAAAAAAAGCAAUGGUUCGUGCAAAGGAAGUCACCAAUAAACAGAAUAGAAAGGUGCACUUGAAUAAAGAAACAGCUCAACGUUUUAUUAGAAGUGGUCUCUGGCAACCACGAACAUCUAACACAUUUGAAGAAACAGAAGAAAAAACAUGGGAUUGUCCUUAAUUCUAUAAAAUCGAAAAUUAAUUUUAAUAAUUAAGAGCUUGGAAUUAAUGUAUAAUUUUUAUUUUAAUAAAUUAUAGUUUUCAA